UUGGGAUACUUAGGUGCUCUUGCAGUUUGAGAAGUUAGACCUCUGGGGUUUCAGAGGGCCCAUCCAUCUCUCAAUUUAUGACCUUAGCAUUCUAUUUACUUUUAGGAAAUGGUGUGAUAUUUUUGCCACAGGAGAGACAGAAAGUCUCUUUCUCCCUUUUAUUUUUUUUACUGGAGUAUUUAUUUCUCCGUCUACUUUCUCAGCCUCAAGUUUGUCUACUUUGCCAGGUUGGCAGAGAUUGGAGACGAGUCUUCCCCUUGAUCAUUAAAGACCCCUACAUCCACGCGCAAGGGGGUACACACAUCCUGCUGAAUGCACGUUUCCUGCCCAUCCCCAACCCUCAAGACCGUGACUUGGCCGUGUACUGUCAGUGACUCAGAAUGAACCCCACAUGUGACCUGGCCGGAAGCCCACAGCUGACAGGCUGCCGGGUCUCAGCUCACACCCAGGGAGCUGGGAGGGGAAGCUGGGGGCUGAGUGAGCAUCGGUGGGUUCUGUGGUUCAGAUGAAUGUCAGAUUGAUCAUUGUGGGCAUCCUCAGGUAGAGAAGGGGGUGGGGUGGGUCGGAGGAUAUCAGCUCAGAAAGACACGUCUCUGAGAUCUUUUUAGAGGUCUUUCCCCCAAAGUUGGCCAUAUUCUGAAAGAAGUCUUCCCUGAUUGCCCCAUUCAGCUUCAGGCUCAUCACUAACAGAGGUUCAUUUGCUACUGGGCAGUUAUUGACCUAUUUUUUAGCCCUAAUCUUUGUAUUUUCUGCAGCCAGGUUAUCUAACCUCAUGAGAUAUGUAAUAUUCAACAGGACUGGUGGUGUAGGGAUGGCAGGGAUUCAGUCAAUAAACAUUUAUUAAGCACCUACUAUGUGCCAGGCACUGCACUAAAUGCUGAGGAUACUCCCUGCCCUCAAGGAGUUUACAAUCUAAUAGGGAAGACAACAUCUACAUAAAUAUAUACAAAUAAGCUCUAUAUAGGAUAAAUAGGAACUAAUUGAGAGAAGGAGGACACUAGAAUUAAGAGGAGUCUAGAAAGGCUUCUGUAGAGUCAGGAACCAUGGCUUCUCUUUCUUGGGAAUCCUUAGGUUUCUGGGUAGCUGAAUCUUCUUGCUCCAGAUGUUAUCCCCUCACCAUAUGGGGGUAGAAAAUUUAUUCAGCAACUCAAGUCUUUCAUUCACUCUAAGAGAAUCAACUAAGAGGAGGAGAAAGAGAAACAAAGGCAGAGUGAAAAAAGCACUCAACCAGGAGGCUUGGGUUCAAAUCCUAGACUCUACUACUUAUAAAUUGAAGAUCCAUGGGCAACUUCCUUUCAUAUCUGUAAAAUGAGGGUUUGAGACAAGACAGUCUCUAAGUCCCCUCCCAGCUCUCAUGUUGUGCUCUAAGUUCCCUUUCACCACUGAGGUUCUCUGUCCUCACUCUAACAUCCUAUGUCUCCAUGGCUCUUUUACCUCUGAUAUUAUAUUCUCUAAAAUUUCUUCUGACACCUCCUCCUAAAGGUAGUGUCAGAGAGCGAGCAUUUCAUGAGGUGUGUGUACUUAGGGGAGGGGAGAAAGAACACAGCAUACUGAAUGCUUGAAGUGGAGUCGGAGGGAAAGGGCGUAGACUCUGGGACUGUAUGUGUGGGAAACACUUGACCUUUUACCUCUGACAUCCAGCAGAAGGUUUUGGUGGUUUUAACAUCAUCAUUAUUUCCCAAUAAUUCUCUCUCUCCUGACCUGACAGAACCUUCUCUUAUAGCAAAGAAAUAGCUUAAAUAAACCACACGUUGACCACGCUUAACAGUGCAUGCUCCAUUCCCCACCUUAGUCCACCACCUCACUGGUCAGAUGCAGGAGGCAGGUUUCAUCAUCAGUUUUCUGAAGUCAGGAUUGGUCACUGUAUUGAUCAAAGUUCUCAAGAAUUAGUGUGCUACUUUCUUUAGAAUACUGACACAGCUUUGUUCAAUGGAGGCAGGAAAUCCGUAUUGUUGACUGCCAGUAGCAGGCAGGUGAUGACCAAACGAGCAUCUGGGGCUCCCUCCAGAAAAGGCAUAGCAGUUCAUAGAGUAUAAACAAAGUUGAAUCCAGCCUUGUUAUUAUUAGCUAUGUUAUUUUGGGCAAAUUAGUCAACUUCUCUAAAAAAAGAAGAAGAGGAAGAAUAAGGAGAAGAAGAGAAGGAAAAGAAGGAGGAAGGAGAAAAAGAAGGAGGAGGAAGAGGAGGGGGAAGAAAAGGAAAAGGAUGAGGAGAAAAAAGAGAAGGUAGAGAAGCAGUAGGAGGAAGUGGAGAAGGUAGAAAAAGAGAAGGAAGGGGAAGGGGAAGAAGAAGGAGGAGGAGGAGAAAAAGAAGGAUGAUAGGGAGGAGGAAGAAAAGGAAAAAGGAGGAGGAGGAGGAAGAAGAGGAGAAAAAAGAGGAGAAAAGAGAGAAAAAAAGAAAAGAGGUUGAAAAGCAGUAAGAAUAGGAGGAGAAGGUCGAAAAGGAGAAGGAAGAGGAAGGGGAAAGGAGAAAGAGGAAAAAGAGAAAAAGGAGGAGAAGGUGAAGAAAAGGAAAAAGGAGAAGGAAAAAGAGAAAAAAGGAGGAAGAGGAGGAGGAAAAGGUAGAGAAAUAGAAGGAGGAGGAGAAGGUAGAAGAGGAAAAAGAAGAGAAGAAGAAGAAGGAAAAAGAGAAGAAAGAUAAGGAAGAGGAGAAAAAUAAGGAAAACAAAGUGGAAGAAAAGGAGGAGAGGAGGAAGAAGAGAAAAAGGAGGAGGAAUGAGCAGUACCAAGAAAACAUGGUCUCCAGCACAAGACUGUGUGAUGACAGACUUGGUUCUUCUCAGUGGCUCAGUGAUCCAAGGUAUCUCCUCCUUAUUCCCCACAAGUGAAGGGCAAGUGCGGAGAAACUGAGUAUUAUAGUGACAAGAUCCAGAUGUGUUGUGACAAGUGUCCCCCAGGUCAACGGGUGCUACAAUUUUGUACUACAAACUCAAAUACUGUCUGUGGGGACUGUGAGGAGGACACAUACACAGAGGUCUGGAACUGGAUCAGGGAAUGCCACAGUUGUCGCAGACGCUGUAAUCGAGAUUUGGUGGAGACUCAGAACUGCACUAGAAAGGAAAACCGUAUGUGUGGCUGCAAGUCUGGAUUCUUCUGUGUGACAGGGAAUCCGGGCACCUGCCUGCAGUGCCUUAAGUUCGCCAAGUGUCCUAAGGGUUCUGGAGUGGCCAAGCAAGGAACCUCAAAUUCAAAUGUGAAGUGUGCCCCCUGUGGCCCUGGGACCUUUUCAGACACCAUAUCAUCUACAGACACUUGCAAGCCCCACCGAGUGUGUCACUCUGUGGCUGUUCCUGGGAAUGCAACCUCAGAUGCUAUCUGCAGUGACAUGGUCCCUGUGACAAUUACGCCAGAUGCCCCUCUCUCCAAGCUUCAGCCCGAGACGAUGAAUCCCAAUGAGAACAGUGUAGGCACCUCUCCCCAACCUCAGCCACAACCUACCCUCCACCAGGUCAUUUCCAAUGACUCUGUUCUUCCACUUGGGUGGAUUUUAGGUCUGAUGGUCUUAAUUGUGCUACUACUUGGUCUGGCUUCCUGCUUCAUGUUUUCUCAGAGAAAAAAGAAACUAUUGUCCUGUAUCAAAGAGGAAACCAAAGUGCCUCACCCAACAGUUGAGAAGUCCCAGAGCUUUUUGGGCCACAAUGGAACAGAGCAGCAGAACCUGCUAGGCUCAGAGGCCACCUCCAGCAGCAACUCCCUGGACAGUAUGCUGAGCUCUGGGGAAACCAAGGAAUUCCAGGAGGCAAAGGGAGUGGAAAACCAUCCCCCCCAAGCUCCAAGCUCAGAGAAAUCCAAGUGUGGCCAAGAAACCAGAGCUGGCUCCAUGGAUUCAGAACACUCCCAUGGUGGAGGGACCCAGGUCAACGUGACCUGCAUCGUCAACGUGUGUAACUCAGAUCAUAGUUCCCAAUGCUCAUCACGGAGCAGCUGCCCUGACUUUGAAGCCAGGUCUUCUGGUUCCCCACGGAAUGAAGAUGUCCCCUUCUCCCAAGAGGAGAGCCCCAGGAAAGGCAAGCCAGGCUCCCAGAAUGUCCUGGAGAACCUCCUGCCAGAUUUAGAGGAGAAGCCACUUCCCAUUGGGAUACAGGAUAUGGGCAUGAAAUUCAGUUAACGAGCUGGACCCUUUGUCUCCCCCUUACUGGAAGGAUCUAAGCAGAAGCUGGGUGACUUUGUCGGAAUACUCUCCAAGGGGUUGCUGUACUUUUUCUGAGGUUCACCUUUUUUGGUGGGAUUGUGUUGCUCUUCUUGGGCCAGCCUCCAUCCUUCCACGGGCCUUGCUCCUCAUAGGCCUGUCUCCUGCCUUCUGAGAAGGGGUCAGAGAGAAGUAUUUGAAAAAUGCCUUUGACUUGGUUUCUCCCCUUUCUCAGUUUCUUUAUCCUGCUUUGUCUUUUCCAAGAUGCAUCAUGGUUCCUGAGCUGGGAGCUGGGGGAAAAGUGGUUCGUGUUCUCGUUCUCUCUCUCUCUCUCUC